AUGAUUAUUGCCAAUCAUGGUCGCGUGAAGUUAGACGAGUGCCUCGAGUUGCUCAAUCGUCCGGCGUAUGUCUUCGCCAAGAUCGAUGCCUUCUUUGCCGAUUCCAGGAUCAUGUCGCGCACUUCCCCCAACGGAGCAUUAGUGGAUCUCAAAACUUCCUAUCCGGGUCCAUUUCCUGAUCUGCCGCAUAUCAUAGCAUCGUCAGACAGCCAACCCUCUUGCAAUGAGCAUUUGACCGAGGACCAACAAACAUACUUCCUGAGACUGUUUUGGGAAGCCUACCAUCCGCUCUUGCAAGCUUGGGAUGAAGCAGAAUUCCAAUCGCUAUUAGACCUGGACCGGCGACAAGCUUUCGAGGUUGGGAAGCUGACCAAAGCCUUGGCAAAUUGUAUGACCGCACUAGGAAUCCAAUAUGGCCAUGGGGCGGGUCUGACCUCCCGAAUCCUGAGUUUGCGCCGUUGUGCGGUCAACAUCUCGUGGAUAGGGUACGAAUAUUUCCGUCACUGCCGCGAUUACAUCGCCCUUCAGACCGAGCCCACACUACUAUCAAUGCAAUGUUAUGCUCUGAUGUCUUUGUAUCUCAUGAACGCAAGCAAUUUCAGAGAGGCCUACAGCCUGCUUGGCACCGCCAUCCGCCACAGCCAUUGUGUCAAUCUCCACGAGGAGCCCAGCGGGCGUCUUCAGCCGAAAGAGAGAAUAGCGCAGAGACAGAUUUGGUGGUUGCUCUUCAUGCUCGAUAUAAAAUGUUCCCAGCAGCUUGGGAAGCCAGUUGCUGUACAGACCGCUACGAUCACGUGUGCUUUGCCAUCAGCCGAUGAACUAGCUGCGAUGCCGGGAAACACCGAGGUCUGUUGGAAGAACCUGCACGUCUCGACCUAUUUGAUUCAUGCAAUUAAGUUCGCAACGUCUCUUGCCGAGAUCCAUCGACUUAUUUCCACGUCGAAAUUAUACGAGGAUGCCAGCAAUGUCACAACGUUAGAAGAGCGAGCCAACUUGCUAGGAACAUCGCUUGCUUGUCUAGAGAAAUGGAGCAAUGAGCUGCCGGAUGACCUUCUUAGCCCCAGGAAACAUACGGGCUACACGGAUUCUAUGUCCACGGCGGAGAGUCCAAUCGUGUUGGAGCUAGGAGCACCCAGUUGGCUCCACCACCAAAGGGUCAUACUUGAAGUAAACUAUCAUAAUGCAUAUAUCAUGCUUCAGCGGCCAUUUAUCUGUUUUUCACAACCUUCCAACUCUUCUCGUGUUCAACAGCCCCACGCAGACCUCCAUGCUCGCAGCUCGCUCCAGCACGCCAUAACAAUGACAAUCAUUGUCCACGACCUUUGCUCUUCUUCCGACGUUUUCUUCGGCUCCCCCACAGUUCUGCAUCCGUUGUGGAAUGCUACGGUUACCAUUCUUGGAUUCGUUUUAGCGAACCCAUUCUCUUCGCGAUCACGUAGGGCAAUACAGUGGGUUUUCAAAGCAUUGGCUGUAUUCGAGGUCUUCGCAGCAACCGAACCUUUCGCUGCUCGAGCUGAGACUAUAACGAGAUCACUUGUCGCUAAAUUGAAUAGCACGUUGACCAACUUGGAUGAAAAGUCGGACCAGAGGAAUCACGGCAGAAUGACCCUGGGAGUGACCCUGCCUCCAUCACCCGAUACAACAUCAACUACGCCAUCGGUAGACCCAGCUGAUGUGCUGACGGGAUCUCUCGGGGCAGGAGGCUUGGAGCACACUUUUGAUAAUACAUUCUUCACGGACGACAGCAUUUACUCGCCAAUUGGAGCAGUUGGAAUCAACACAUGGGCAGCCUAUCAAGAGCAGCUCGACAUAUGGAAUGGCAGCCACUCAGAUGGAGUUCUUGACGCAAUGCAUGUACUGGAAUAG